AUGUUAAAUGAAUGCCUUAAUUAUUCAUAUAGCGAAAAUAAAGCAUUAUUCAACGAUGCUGGACUAGCGGAAAAAAUCGCCGAAUUAAAAAGGGAAAUCGAAGAACAUAAGGGUAGAAUUGAUGAAUAUAAUGAAAAACAAAUAAAAGUUGAAGUGCUGGCUAAUUUGGAAAAUCUUCCUUACCGAGAUGUUAAGACCCAAGUUGAAACUCUUUUAGCGAAUGAAGUAGUGAAGGCAGAACUCAAAGAAAAAAAAUUCAACCCAGAAUUAAAUGCUUUAUUAGAGCAAAAAAUCUUUUCAUCAAAAAAUAGUUUGGAGCAAGAUAAAUUAAUAAUGAUUUUUUUUGAUUCAACCGAUACCGACGAGUUUAAUAAAGUAGCCCAAGAAACAGGAAUAGGAGAAGAUGAUUUAUUUUUUGGUGAAUUUAUUGCUCCCGCACCUGAAAACAAUAGAUUAUUAAUCACCGAAUUUACCGACGAUAUUCACCAAGAUACCCCAGAAACCCAAGAGAAACGGCAAGCAAUAAAUAAAAAAUUAAAUCAUUAUUUAGACCAAAUCAAAGCGUUAGCCCGAUUAAUAGCAACCAAAAAAGAUAUUUCUCAAACUUCCCACCAAAUCGCCGAUUAUUAUAUUAAUAAAAACUACCAGCACCGAGAAUUAAUUACAACUAUCGAACAAUCAAUUAAAGAUUCUAAUCUUGCGAACAAUUGA